CUCCAGAAACAAAAAUUUUGAACUCAUGAUAAGGGAGAAAACAAAAGGAAAAGGUGUAGAUUUCGUUCUAAAUUCUUUGGCAGAUGACAAAUUCCAAGCUAGUGUUCGCUGUGUGGCUAAACAUGGGCACUUUUUAGAGAUCGGAAAGUAUGAUUUAUCACUGAACAGAAAUUUAGGUCUAAAAGUAUUUCUUAAAAAUAUUAGUUUCGAUGCCAUAAUGUUGGAUGAAGUGCAAGAUAGUCCAACAAUAUUUAAGGUAAUAGAUCUUUUAAAGAAAGGCAUUAGUAGCGGCCUUGUCCAACCGCUCGACACAACUGUUUUUAAACGACAUCAAAUUGAAAAGGCUUUCAGAUAUAUGUCCAAAGGUACACACGUUGGAAAAGUCCUCGUAAAGAUAAGAGACGAAGAACAAUCGAAGGUCACACCUCCAGAAACUUUAAUGCUACAAGCUACUCCAAACACAUAUUUCUAUCCAAACAAAUCAUAUAUUGUUAUUGGAGGUUUCGGUGGCUUUGGAAUGGAAGUUACAAAAUGGAUACUCAAGAGAGGUGGGAAAAAAAUAGUCAUAACUUCAAGGAAAGGACUCAAUGUUGCCCAUCGUAGGCUGUGGCUCAAACAAUGGAACAUAAACGAUGUUAGCGUCCAAGUGUCAACACUAGAUGUUUCUAAAUCCAAUGAAGCUGAACAAUUGCUAAAGGAAGCUAGUAAACUAGGUGCAGUAGGAGGAAUAUUUAAUUCAGCGGUGGUAUUGAAAGAUGCUUUCAUAAACAGUCAAAGUCCGGAGACUUUCAAAGAUGUUUGUGCCGUUAAAGCUACAGCAACCAAGGUAUUAGAUAAACUAACUACAAAAAUGUGUCCUGAUUUAGAUUUCUUUGUUUGCUUUUCUUCAAUCAGUUCUGGAAGAGGAAAUGCUGGUCAGACUAAUUAUGGUUAUGCUAAUUCUGUAAUGGAACGCAUAUGCGAAAAGAGGAGAAAAUCUGGACUCCAUGGACUUGCUAUUCAGUGGGGCAUCAUCGGUGAUGUUGGCGUCGUAUACCGAGAAAAGAAAAAUGACGCAAUGGUUGCUGGCGUACGAGCACAAAGCAUUCAAUCCUGCCUAGAUACAUUAGAUUUGUUCUGUCAAACCGAUUAUCCUGUGACUUGCAGUUAUGUAACUUUAGAAGAUUCUGAAAAACCGAAAACUCAAACAGUCGAUGUCUUUGAUAAAGUAACAAAGCUUAUGGGGAUGACAGAAGUGACAGAGUCUUUUCUUAAUCGACCCUUAAAGGAAAUGGGCCUUGAUUCUUUGUUGAGUGUUGAGAUAAAGCAACUGAUUGAGAGUGAAUUCAAUCUAAACAUCACGAUGCAAGAACUGAUCGAUAUGAAAUUCAGGGACAUUAAAAAUCUCUCUGUCGAAGAAUCAAGAAAAGGAGAUACCUCACAGACGCCAUUAUCUUCUGCUGCAUCACGAUGCAAGAACUGAUCGAUAUGAAAUUCAGGGACAUUAAAAAUCUCUCUGUCGAAGAAUCAAGAAAAGGAGAUACCUCACAGAC